AUGCAACUCCCUACGAGGUUGGUCACCUGUCCGCCGCCAUGGUGCCCAGACGAAUAUUCAGAUGCACCAACCUCCUACAGUCCUGAGCCCUUUCAGCUUCGUUUUCACCACGUCCGCAGUCGAGACACAUCCCUCUGGGACGCUCUCCACAACAUAGCCGAACUCAACGACCGCGGCGUGCAGGACCGCAUCCUGCCCAUCUGCCGCGAGAUCUACACUGCGUAUCAUAGCGAGGCAGGUGACGAGCAGUUUUACGGUGUGCCUGUGAAGCUGCUUCGGAAGUUUGGCGAGAUAUCUCUGCGCGUUCUUCAUCGGGUCUGGGAUCUUCAUCUUGCGUACACAACUACUCCACAUGUCCCUGGCCAUGAACCUGGCUACGGCCCUGGCCUCUUCUCCGACAACUUCUACGCUACUAUGCGUGAUGUUGUCUUGAAGCGCCUCCACACUCGCCUCUGUCACUUCCAGGCCGCGCAGCCCACGCCCCUGCCCUUCAUGACGGACGUCCUGGCACAAGACCUUAACGACCGCCGGGCCCGCGCUGCCAAAGAGCAUCAGGUCCUCAAAGCACUGUACGAAGAGGUCGGCCAGCCGCACCCGGAACAGAUGCCAGCGCACAAAAGCGCUGCCCUUGGAGAAUCCUGCGCGUUGGCCAUCCGCCGGUGCAAAGAGACGACGCGGAAAUUCCACGACUUGUACUGGGAGGAUGGCAUGGGGGAGGGGAACCGCGACAGACAGGCGUUUGUGCUGUGGCAUGUCGCUGCGAGGGCAGCCGAGGUAGGGAUGGGAUGGGAGCCGAGGAGGGAGGCAUCUUUGGAGAGUGCGUUGGCUACGUAUUGUGACGAUAUCUUGGAGGCGAGGGAACGAGUGGGACAGCGCACAGCGGAUUAUGAAGGACUAGGGCUUUGGUGA